CCCGCCUCCACCUCCAGCUUUCUUGCUACUAGCUGAGCCGAGUGCAGCAGCUGUACUGGACCUCACUGGCCCACGGCGUCAUGAGCCACAACUUGGACGCUGCGCGGAGCUUCUUGGAGCAGUUGGAGGCGCGAGGCGGCAGGGAGAGGGCGAUCCUUGCUGGCGAGUUCAGCAACCCCAGAGGGCGAAGUCCACGGCCGGGUUGGGCGGUGCCGUACACGCCCUUCUGUCACUGUGCCCUCAUCCAGCUCCCGGAACAGUCCCGCUACUGGGCGGGGCAGGAGAAGCCGGCGCAGCAAGGGAAGGACAUCCAGGCCUGCUCAGCCGCAUGGAAGACUGAACGUGUGUGCUCCACUGAGGCUGGCAGUCUGCCGGGAAACGUGACGAAGAACCGCUACAAAGAUGUGCUGCCCUAUGAUCAGACACGAGUGAUCCUCUCCCUGCUCCAGGAGGAGGGACAUGGCGACUACAUCAAUGGCAACUUCAUCCGGGGCACAGACGGAAGCCAGGCCUACAUCGCCACACAAGGACCCCUGCCUCACACCUUGCUAGACUUCUGGCGCCUGGUCUGGGAGUUUGGGGUCAAGGUGAUCCUGAUGGCAUGUCAAGAAAUGGAGAAUGGGCGGAAAAAGUGUGAGCGUUACUGGGCCCAAGAACAGGAACCACUACAGAUUGGACUUUUCUGCAUCACCCUGACAAGGGAGACAUGGCUGAAUGCAGACAUCAUGCUCAGGACCCUCCAGAUUACUUUUCAGAAGGAAUGUCGUUCUGUGUACCAGCUGCAAUAUAUGUCCUGGCCAGACAGAGGAGUCCCUAGCAAUCCUAAACAUGUGCUCACCAUCGUGGAGGAAGCCCGUCGCCUCCAGGGAUCUGGACCCAGCCCCCUCUGUGUCCACUGCAGCGCAGGUUGUGGGCGAACAGGUGUCCUGUGCACUGUGGAUUAUGUGAGACAGUUGCUCCUCACCCAGAUGAUCCCACCUAACUUCAGCCUCUUCAACGUGGUCCUGGAGAUGAGAAAGCAGCGGCCCGCAGCUGUGCAGACAGAGGAGCAGUACAGGUUCCUAUACUACACAGUGGCUCAGAUGUUCUCAGCACUCCAAAACACCAGCCCCGUUUACCAGAAUUUCAAGGAGAAUUGUGCCCCAAUCUACGACGAUGCCCUCUCCUUCCAGACUUUCCAGACCCUUCCCACCACACCGCGCCCACCUGGCGAGGUCCUCAGAAGCAUCUCGGUGUCUGGGCCCCCGGCCCUCGCCAUGGCCGACACGUACGCGGUGGUGCAGAAGCGCGGGGCGCCCGCGGGCACCGGGGCGGGGGCGCGAGGGCGCGGCGCGGAGGAGGCGCCGCUCUACAGCCAGGUGACGCCGCGCGCCCGGCGGCCGCAGGCGCACGCGGAGGACGCGCGUGGGUUGCUGCCCGGCCGCGUUCCUGCUGACCAAAGCCCUGCUGGGCCUGACGCCUAUGAGGAUGUGGUGGAUGGAGCUCAGAAUGGUGGGCUAGUAAACAACCAGGGCCUGGAGGCUUAAGGAUGACCUUCCACACAUCUCCGCGCUUCAGCUUCUCCACAAAACACAUGGUGCCCUUCUUCCAGGCUUCAACCUGCGCAUUGGAAGGCCUAAAGGGCCCCGGGACCCCCCUGCUGAGUGGACCCACGUGUGAACGCUGCACCCUGCCUGCCUGCUGCCUCACAUGGGCACCUGGACUGCUGACGGUCAUUCUCUGCUAUGUGAAGUGUUGGAAAUGGGAAUGCUGGUCCUGGAUCAAAAUAAAAGUUUCUCAGGGUGGAAA